UGUCUUUUCAGGGCAUCGUUGUUGACAGGGCGUUAUCAGACCCGCUCAGGUGUCUACCCAGGAGUGUUGUACCCAGGUUCUAGAGGGGGUCUUCCUCUGAAUGAGACCACCAUUGCUGAAGUGCUGAAACCUGUGGGCUAUGCUACUGCAGCAAUAGGGAAGUGGCACUUAGGAGUUGGUGCCAAUGGGAUGUUUCUUCCAACCAGGCAGGGGUUUGACCACUACCUGGGGAUCCCCUACUCCCACGACAUGGGCCCCUGUAGGAACCUGACUUGUUUCCCUCCAGAUAUUAAGUGUUUUGGAUUCUGUGAUGUGGGUACUGUCACCGUCCCACUAAUGCAAAAUGAGGUCAUCAAGCAGCAACCAGUCAACUUCCUGGAACUGGAAAGGGCUUACAGUGAUUUUGCAACCGAUUUCAUUGCCACAUCAGCAAAGAAUAAACAACCUUUCUUCAUCUACUAUCCGUCCCAUCACACCCAUUACCCCCAGUAUGCAGGAGUGGAGGCCGCCGGGCAUACUUUAAGGGGCAAAUUUGGAGAUUCUCUUUUUGAGUUGGACAACACGAUAGGAAACCUACUGACAACUCUGGAGAAAACAGGAGUGAUAAACAACACCCUCGUAUUCUUCACUUCAGACAAUGGGCCUGAACUGAUGCGCAUGUCCAGUGGAGGAUGCUCUGGACCUCUGAAGUGUGGAAAAGGCACAACUUAUGAGGGGGGGAUGAGGGAGCCGGCCAUCGCCUUCUGGCCUGGCACCAUCAGGCCAGGUGUGACUCAUGAGAUGGCCAGCACUCUAGAUAUCCUCCCCACUAUCGCAGGUCUGGCAGGGGCCAAGCUACCGCAGGUGAUGCUGGACGGGGUCGAUAUGACAGACAUCCUUAUCAACCAAGGAAAGGGUAAAAGGGAAACCAUGAUGUUCUACCCCACAGAUCCCAGUGAGAUGUAUGGCCUGUUUGCACUCAGGCUAGGGAAGUACAAGGCCCACUUCUAUACACGAGGUGCUACACACAGUGGGACUACUCCAGAUCACGACUGCCCAGUAUUUGCUGUCCUCAAGGCCCACGAUCCCCCUCUCCUUUUCGACCUGGAGGCCGAUCCCUCAGAGCACUACCCUCUCCAGCUUUUUGGAAAACCUGACCUCCAAGCCGUGCUGCAGCAGAUCAUACAAGUCAAGGAAAAGUUUGAGGCAUCAAUGGUGUUCGGAGAGAGCCAGAUAUCAAAAGGAGUCGACACUGACCUGGAGCCUUGCUGCAAUCCUCAGUGUAGCCCCAAGCCGGGUUGCUGCAGGUGUUGAUGGGACAAAUCCCGCUAAUAAUGGCAAUUUGGGAGAAAAUUGAAGUACACACUGAUUUUGACCUCAAGAGGUCUUUGUGAAAGCACCAGAUGUGAUGCUGAUUUUGUAAUCAUUUGAUGAUGCAUUGCUACAUGCUUGUGGACAGAUAUGAUAAAAUGACCAUUUGUACUGAAAAAUAACAUUGCACUAAGAAUGUAGUGUAUACCUGGAUUUUUUAUUACAUGUUUUAAUCAUUGAUUUAUUAUUUAAUUUUCACCUCAACAUUCUUGAUAUUCAUAGCAUUUAGCAUGGAUUUUAUGUGAUUUAAAAAAAAAAUGAUUUGCAGUCUAUUUCAAACACACAAGCAAUCAUGAGAUCUGAACAAUAAAGACAAGAAUUAAGGUUUCAGACAUCAAGCAUAUAUUUUAUUCAUAAGACCAAACCCAUGACAAGGCAAAGUGAUUUUUGUUGUAAUUUUUUGUUUGCUUUUCCCUGGAAUUUUGAUUAACUCUACAAGUCUUUGUUUUUAAAGAUACAAGAUAGGAUAUGUUUGUUCUGUCACAUACUGUUUUGCUCUAGGUAUACAGUAAAGCAUCUUGCUAAUUGUAAUAAAGUCCAAAGUUUUGUUUAA